AGAGUGCGGCAACCGUGCCAGACCAUGGAAGAACUUACAGCGUUUGUCUCCAAGUCUUUUGAUCAGAAAGUGAAGGAGAAGAAGGAGGUGAUCACGUACAGAGAGGUCCUGGAGAGCGGUCCCGUUCGGAGCAGCAAGGAGCCGGGAGGUGGCAGCGAAUCGAGCCGGGAGGACGGCUGCAGCCCCGCAGUGAGAGCUGCGGGAGGAGGCGGCGGCGGCGGAGUAGGAGGAGGUGGAGGAGGAGGAGGGGAAGGAGGAGGAGGAGGAGGAGGAGGAGGAGGAGGAGGAGGAGGAGGGCGGUCUCCCGUUCGGGAACUGGACAUGGGCGCCGCUGAGAGAACCAGAGACUCGGGCAGUCCCAAACUCACAGAGGGUAACGGCCAGACCCGAAACACCGCGCUUUCCCCCUCCCCCAUCCCCCUCAACUCUGGAUUCUUGGUCUCCCCCGAGCUGAAGGAUCGUAAGGAGGAUGCGAAAGUGAUGGAGGACGAAGGACAAACCAAAAUCAAGCAGAGGCGCAGUCGGACCAAUUUCACCUUGGAGCAGCUGAACGAGCUGGAGAGACUCUUCGAUGAGACUCACUACCCGGACGCCUUCAUGCGGGAAGAGCUGAGCCAGAGGCUGGGGCUAUCCGAGGCCCGAGUGCAGGUUUGGUUUCAAAACCGAAGAGCUAAAUGCAGAAAACAAGAAAAUCAGCUACAUAAAGGUGUGCUAAUAGGAGCAGCAAGCCAGUUUGAAGCUUGUAGAGUUGCACCAUAUGUCAACGUAGGUGCACUGAGGAUGCCAUUUCAGCAGGAUAGUCAUUGCAACGUGACGCCCUUGUCCUUUCAGGUUCAGGCUCAGCUGCAGCUGGACAGCGCCGUGGCAGCGCACGCGCACCACCACCUCCACCCGCACCUGGCGGCCCACGCCCCUUACAUGAUGUUCCCCGCGCCGCCCUUUGGCCUCCCGCUGGCCACUCUGGCCGCGGAGUCGGCCUCCGCUGCUUCCGUGGUGGCGGCCGCCGCGGCGGCCAAGACCACCAGCAAAAACUCCAGCAUCGCAGACCUCAGACUGAAAGCCAAAAAGCACGCGGCGGCCCUGGGGCUGUGA